UUUGACGCUAACGUGAAUUCUCCAGUGAGGGAAACAAUUCGUCUGCUGUUUGAAUGAGUGUGUACGUGUCUGCUAACGCGAUUCCAAUCGAAACAACAGGAAGUGCUAAACAAUACAUGUUGUUGUUGACUAGCUAGCUGCUAGCUGGGCUCCGGCUGUGGAAGGGAAACACUCAUGACACGUUACUGUUGAGAAGAAGACUCGGCUUCGCUACGUCGAUGGAGACCAAGUACCCCACCCUGAGGCGACCAAAGAGGAAGCUCUGCUACCUUACAAACAAAGACAGUGAGUCUAAAAAAUGGACGGGGAACAUGACACUUGGAGAUGUUGAUAAGAUGUUUGAUGACUUAGAUUCACCCUCACGUGACGAUGGCCUGUUGUCCACUUCUCCUCUGCUCCAGACUUCUGAUACCAGGACACCACACAGUGACAGAGCGGCUUCACCGGCUCCACAGGAGGGACACCAAUCUGAAAAACUCCCACCAUGCGAAAAGGGUCCUGAAGGAGCUGCCCAUCCUGCCAUUAGGACACCCAGUCCUCAACUUGACAUAGUUUCAGACUUAUUUAAACUGCAUGAGCCAGUGAAGACAUCCAGCCCUAUUGAAGAAAUUGUGAGUGUAGUGAAUGUAGAAGAGGAGAAGAAUGAUGGAAAACAAUCUGUGUCUCCAAUCCUCUUUGACUGUGGAGAGGAAGAAAAGGAGGAGGCACAGGUGCAGCCACCAACCCUCCAAGAACCCCAGGUCAAUGGGCACGUACCCGAAAUAAUUGGUGACUCUGGUUUGGAUACGCCUCCAAUGAAGCUUGCUUUUAAAAGACCCACGGUGUCCACUCACAAAAACAAGGUGGACGGGUCAUGCAAAGACAGUCAGCCAGUCACAGAAAAAACACACGAGAAACCACAGACAGCCGUUCUCAAGUGCAAAAGAAAAACACACAGACAAGAAAGCACAGACAAACCCGUGGGAGCAGUGACACAGGAGCCUGAACUCACAGCUCCUGACAAACAGUCAACAAGUGUUUACAGUCAGUCUCUGGGUGAGACGUUCACCCGCGUGGGAAACAACUUGUCAGCGUUUCUACAGAAGCUCAGACAUGCUGGACAGUCCAAACCUGCAUGUGGCAGGAAGUCGCUGACACCAGUUAAAGCUCCUCCUCCUCCUCCCGAGCCAGAGGACGAUUUCCUGAUUUUGGAGGAUGAUGCACCUCUGUGGUUCACCAUCCCAAGUAAAACUGCCACAAGUAAGAGACAGAAGCACAGCAGAACUGACAGCUCGGACAAAGACAGCUCAACAGACAAGGCAACAAAGGACGGUCCGCAGGAGACUGGGCAAAAAGUGGUGGAAUCAGAAAAGGCUGAACUGGGAAUUCAUCCCCUUGAUCCCUCAAAAGAGAGGAAAAAAAGGCCAGAGAAGAAGAAUAAAGUAACUGGGCCUGGAAAUGAUAAGGAUGUAUUGACCACUCCUGAAGAUCCUCCCUCGGGUGACUUGAAGGAACGAGAGAAGCCAAAUAAAAAGAAACGGCAACAACAGCUAAAGAAGAUUCCAUCGAAAGAGAGCGACAAGGCAGAAGAGGAACCUAAAGACACAGCCAGCAGGAAAACGGAUAAAGAAAAACUCUCUCAGAAAACGGAAAAGAAGAAAAGCGCGAAGUCUUCAAAAGAUGUGAAAGAAGUGGCCAAGACGAACACGGGUAAAUCAUUAAAGCGGACCAGGAAAGUGACGCAGAGUCCUGAAGACAUAAAGGAGACAGCGAGUGACGAGGCAGUGAAGGAGCAAAGUGAAGAUCACAACAAAGCGAAACCAGGAGAUGUUGAAGACUUGGGUUCUCUGUCAGACAAACAAUUCAUGACGUCUGACGCACAAACGGACAACAAACUGGCCGCUGUGACUAAAUCGAGUUCGUCUGAAGAAAGUCAGAAUCUUGGGAGAAAGAAAAGGAAACCAAUUGGACAGGGGUGGAUGAGCUCUAGUGAGAGCACAGAAGAAACCAAGUUCCCAGAAAACCAGCUCACACACAAGAGGUCCAAACAGCACAACAAAGAGCCCAGCUCAGCAGAAGCUUCACCUGUAAAGACUAAGAAGGUCAAAGUUUUAAAGAAAGCAAAUCAGAAACGGCCUGUAACGUCGACCAGUCAGAGCACAACUAAAGGCAAAGGGAAGAAAACCAGACAAAACAAAAACAGACUUGCAGGAGGAGACGCACCAAACACAAUGAGAGCGGCAGAUGAAGUGUUACCGAUGGACAUGGAGCAGAUUGAAGCGCAGCAGCACCAGCCAGAGGAGGUCCUUGAGCAAUCUAGCCCCAUCUUUCAAGAGAGAGACGUCAAUCAUAACUCAGGGCCGACGGUAUUUCAGAAAGUCUACCAUGAUGUCUCUGAGAAAAUGUCUGACACAUCAGCGUCUGUCUCUCCCAGAAGACCUCAGGAGCAUCUCAGGGCAGAAGUUCCAGAGAAACGGAGGAGGAAGCCUCCCGGUGACUGGUGGACGACGGAUAGGGUUUCUGAGGAGGUGGCGAGCGUCUCAACAUAUCGUCAGCAGUUUACACCAAAGGAGUCCAAAUCUCAUAAAGAGAGUAAACAACUUUCCAUACAGGAACCGGAGCAACGGAGGAGGAAGCCUCCCGGUGACUGGUGGACGACGGAUAGGGUGUCUGAGGAGGUGGCGAGCGUCUCCACAUAUCGUCAGCAGUUUACACCAAAGGAGUCCAAAUCUCAUAAAGAGAGUAAACAACUUUCCAAACAAGAACCGAGCCGAUCUCCUGGACUUGGAACUCCCAUAAAAGGCAAGAUGGUGGUUGCAUCCAAAACACCAGGGACAGCUGAAGUGCCUCUGCUGGAACCGAGGCCAAUGUUCGCUCCGAAAAACACCAGACGCACUCUGGCCACGUUUAAAGACAUUUUCACGUCGGUGUCAGAGACCCCGACUGUGGUCAGCAGCAAACACGCAGUUCACAAUAACAGAUGUGAACCUGCAGAGGUUUCAGUCAUUCACCAUGUUACGUUCACUCCGACUGAUAAAGACACAAACAGCGUGGAUGCCGGUGAAUUCAGGAGCCCACAGAACAGCCCCCCCACACAUGAUACCCCACAGGACAGCAGCUGUCAGCCAGAGAACACGUUAAAAGGCCGGAGAAGUGGACCGUCCUCUAUGAUUGAGGUUCAAGAGUAUGAGAACUUGAGUCUGCAGCCAUCCAGCGUCCAGGGUGUGCUCUCUGUGUCGGAUCUGUGCGCUCCUCCUCUCAAACCACUGGUCCUGCAGCCGGAGGACAAGGCCCACCUGACGGAGAUGUUUAAGACUCUCUGGCCUUCCACUGAAGACGAUGACUGUGAGAUCUCUCCGGAUUAUUUCGACUGGUACUUCUAUCAAGGCAAGGUGUGUGGCUUCCAGGUGGAUUUGAACUGCAGCUCCAUCUGUAAUGGGAAGCUUCUGCUGGGCUCCUACAUGAAGAAGCCUCUGUGGGUGGAUCACAGCGCCACCACGGUUUUUAACAUAUUAACAAGCUCUGUUGCUGUAAUCAUCGACGGCAGGAAGUCACACUUCCACCCAGGACAAGCCUUCAUGGUGCAGAGUGGACACGCCUACAGCCUAAACAACGUCACCGCUCAGCCCGCAGUUCUCUACUUCACCAGGAUAUUAGCCGACAGCUCGGAAUGAAGUCACAUGUUCCUUUCAAAUGACCAGAUGCCUUAGGACGUUAAAACCAGACUGGAGCUGUGGGAAUUUACUUUGUAAUUAAACUUACUCACAUUUUGUAUUGAAAAUGAAAUUUAAGUUGUAAAUAGAAGAAAAAAGGCUGUAAUUUUUCUUUAUGUUCUGAAAGUUAGCUGUGCUCAAAGCAUUUGA